AUGCCUCCCUCCCAACCCUCGAGGAUCGCCUCCGCCUGGGAGCUGAGGGCGUCUCCCCCGUCUGGCCUGUCUUCCCCUCCAAGGCCACCCUGUGCUCCUCUUGGCCAGGGUCACUGGGAGGUGGAGUGCCCCUACCGCCAGCUCCCUGUGGCCGGCAGCUGGCUUUGGAAUGGCCUAGUCAGUCACAGUCGAUGGGGGAUUGUCCGGGCCUUCCCAGGGGGACCAGGGCGGCCUGGGGAGGGUCUGAAGCUAGGCCUGUGGGUCCCGGGUGGUGACCCUCCUGUGCUCUUCCUUCGGGACUCCUCCCCUCCGUCCUCCACUCGUCAGCGACAGUGUGGGGGGCUCCCUUUGUGCUGA